UUCAAACCUGUCUUGGACAGUUCCGCGCAACUCCAACGGUAGAGGGGGACCGGAGGAGCUUUCAGUUGCCGUUUCUGCCUCAUCGACGGUAUCACUCCCUCCGCAAGAAACUUCACCUCUACUUCUCCUGAUGGAUCAACGCUUAGAUUUCCUGCGCCGAAUCUUGUCCACUGAUGUUAAUUGAUCCCUGCUUAUUUAAACCCUGGCAUCAUUUGUUUCAUCUUCCAACCGGAGAUGCCGUUGAGAUCCGGCCAUGGAUGGGGAGGCUAAUCUUCCGGCCUUACCUUCGACCGACAGGAACCUCCACUGUCCGACCCUGGCCGACUCUCGCCGCUCUCGCCCCUUUACUUCCUCCUCUUCUUCUUCCUCCUCCUCCUCCUCCUCCUCCUCCUCCUCCUCUUCCUCCUCUUCAUCUUCUUCUUCACCCGCCAAUUUAUUUCGAGAUCUUCAUGCUGUGUUCAAGCGUCACAGGCCUCUUGGUACAGCACAGUCUAGUCUUUUCCAACCCAGGCGCUUGGUUCCCAAAAGAGAGCCAUCAAAAAGCUCAGUUUGUGAAUCGGGUAUCACAGUAGACACGGAGAACUCGUUAGACGUGGUUUCGUCAAGACAGGGCAAUGCUGCGGUUGACUUGAUUGAUCAGAGGGAGAGUGUUUCUGCAGUUGUUAGGGAAGUUCUUGACGAUUCCUCAAUUACCCCACCUUCCGCUACAGCGACUAUGACGGAGACUCAGGAUGAGAAUUUGAACCCAUUUGGUUUGCAGAGAGGUGAAACCAAGCCUGACGUUAAUCGGAGCAGCAGUGGUGUAGUCCCUUCAUCCCGUGAGCUAUCUCAAAAUCCCCCUGCGCUUGAAGGUCAGAAAAAGGUUCAGUUUUCUUUGAGCAGCAAUUGUGACUCCCAGAGGGCCUGUGAGGGAAUGGCCACUAGUACGGAAAACAUGUCGUCUCAUUUGAGUUCUCUUGCAUUGACAGAGAUGGAAUGGGAUGCUAACAAUCGGCUAGAGCUGUCAACGGGAAAUGAUCACGAUUUGAAGCAACGUCAGUUUCAGCACAUAGAAAAUUCGGACGUGGGGCUGAAGUCAGAUGGUGGAAUCGCCUCUUUGUUGGCGAAAAGAAGCACGCUACUGCAGGAUCAGCAGCACCUAUUCAUGGCGUUUCCUGGGAAGGAAACAAGUCAUCCCAUGACUCAAUCAUCGGUUGUGGGUUCAUCCUGUGCUACUACAACAUCAGUCCAUUCAGCAUCUGCAUCUAUGCUGAAUUCAACAACCUACAGCUCUCGUUCUUGUCGAGAUAGCAGUUCUCAUAUGGAAAUAGAACCUCUGGAAGAGUUAAAUGUGAAUCCUCAACCUGUUACUCGAGGAGAUUCCGUGCAGCCACCAUCUUCUAUGCUUCAGUGCAGUAGUAGUAUGAUAGCAGAUCAGGCAGCUGUUUCAACCCAAGCGACUGCCUCUGCAUUUGGGACCACAGGAGUUACUGAUCAGGGACUGUCAAAGGGGCAGCAAGCCUGUUAUUUGAAGCAACGUGAAGGGUUAGCUGAUGGAAUUGCUGACCAUGCAAAAGCACCUUCCCAUAUGGAUGAUAAGAUAGCUAAAGGAAAGUAUUCAGAUCAGGUUUCUGAUAUACAAUCACAGGAUCCAUCAACCAAAAACUCAUCUUCAAAUAUGAAACUGGAGCCCUCUAAAUUAGAAAAACCAGAGAAGGCUGUAAGUGGUAAGGGGACAUCUGGCGCUCGGAAAAAGAAUUAUGAUCCUGACUUAUUCUUCAAAGUUAAUGGGAAUCUCUAUCAGAAGCUUGGAAAGAUUGGGAGUGGAGGAAGCAGUGAGGUUUACAAGGUCAUCUCAUCCAAUUGUACAAUCUAUGCCCUUAAAAGGAUCAAGCUUAAAGGUCGUGAUUAUUCUACUGCAUAUGGAUUUUGUCAGGAGAUUCAAUAUCUAGAGAAGCUAAAGGGAAAGAACAACAUCAUACAACUUAUCGACUAUGAGGUGACAGACAAAGCUUUAUUGGAGGAAGUCAUGAGUGGUUCAAUGGAAACAAAAGAUGGAAGAAUCAGGGAUGAUGGAUAUAUAUACAUGGUGCUUGAAUAUGGAGAAAUUGAUUUGGCUCAUAUGUUGUCACAGAAAUGGAAAGAAAUGGAUGAGUCCAAUUGGUCUAUAGAUGAGAACUGGCUCCGUUUCUAUUGGCAGCAAAUUCUUCAAGCUGUAAACACUAUACAUGAAGAACGUAUUGUGCACUCGGACUUGAAGCCAGCUAACUUCCUUCUUGUCAAAGGUUCACUAAAGCUGAUUGAUUUUGGCAUUGCCAAAGCCAUAAUGAGUGAUACAACUAACAUCCAACGAGACUCUCAGGUGGGUACACUAAGUUAUAUGUCUCCAGAAGCAUUCAUGUGUAAUGAGCAUGAUGCAAAUGGAAAUACUAUCAAGUGUGGUCGACCAUCAGAUAUCUGGUCCCUUGGGUGCAUUCUUUACCAAAUGGUAUAUGGUAGGACCCCUUUUGCGGAAUACAAGACAUUCUGGGCUAAGUUCAAGGUAAUAACAGAUCGUAAUCAUGAGAUCACAUAUGGACCAGUUUCAAAUCCUUGGCUACUUGAUCUUAUGAAGAAGUGCCUUGCAUGGGACCGCAAUGAAAGGUGGAGGAUACCGCAGUUACUUCAACAUCCUUUCCUUGUUCCUCCAAUACCUUCCCAGUUGUCUACCCCCAAGGAAGUAAAAUGUAAACUGCUUCAGGAAAUAACUGAAGCUUAUGGGGAUGAUCAAAAAACAUCCACACUAUGUUCUCAGCUCCAAGAAAUCCUAACAGAUCCAAUUCCUCUGAUAACAACUCAGUUGUCCACAUCACAAGAUCAACAUCGUGUGUUGGUUAUGCAAAUGUCAAAUCUUUGCUUUCAACUCCAGCAACAACUUGCAUACCUUUCGGGGGCAAAAGAUCCAAGGAUGUAGCUUGUCAUCUACUAAUGUUUAAGAUUGGAGUGUGUAUUUUACAUCUGAAGUGGAUUGUUUGGAAAUGCUUAUUCCCUUCAAUCUCUUUUUUUUUUUUUUUUUCCAUUUGUUCCUUUUAUUUUAGUUGUGUAUUUUGACCUUUUUUAUUUUUUGUAAAAAGAGGGGAAAAUGAACCCACCAAGCAAAUUUGUCUCCUAGGGUGUUGUUUUA